GAAAAAAGAAACGCUUAACACAUUUUACAAAUUCAUUAACCGACAAUACAUAUUACAUGAGAUAUUUUAAUCACAUGUACGUAUAAUUGAACACUUUUGUAAACGAACUAUUCUAAACAGUAAUCACCAACGUUUUCAAAUUAAAAGAAGUUUUAUAAAAAAAAUGACUUCAUUUACAUUUUACUUUGGAGCAGCAAUCUUAGCCAUCUUUAUGGUUGAGGCAACAAGCUACGUCAUUGGGGGAGGUGUGAACACGGAUUUCGGUUCGGUUGAGAACCAGCCGAAUUGGUUACAAUCAGCAUUGUCGUCUGCCAGAAACUACAGGAGGAAUCACAGGCAGCACAAGAAACCCAAGAAAUCUCGAAUCGCUUUUCCGGGUCUGGUUCACACGGAGACCUGGACGAGUUUUGAUAGCGUGCGCAGCCCAUUUCUAAGAAACAAGAGACAGGCUCAGUGCGCGCUGCCCUCUGACCUGCCACAGAUGGUCAUGGCCUUGAACCGUGACCUCGACGUGCCUCAGUUCCUUGGCCUGACGCGGCAAGGCACGGGCUACACACCCUUGCCAUUAGACCAGCCAGCUAAAAACGACUGCCCAAGACCGACCGGAUCCUGGUGGCCGAGACAAGCAACGAAUCUGAAGUCAACAUGUCCGUGGGUGAUGGAGGAGAAAGACCUGGGAGAGGAAUACUUCCCGAGGUAA